AUGGUGACCGGAGUCGCUGUUGAGGACUUCGAUGUUCUGACUUUGGUGAUUGACAAAUUAUUGGAAACUAUUCUGAGAGGCAGGAUAAAUUGUGACAUGACCUUGACAGAGUGCAUCAGGGCUAGUGCAAACUCUUGGUCAAAUGAGUUCGCUGUGAAUCUGCAAUCAGUCCUUCAGAAGAGAUUAGAAGAAUUUGUUUGCAGUCACAUUGUAAAGUUGCAGCAGGACCUUCCCUUUGUCAUAACGGAAUUGGUGCCAACAAUGGAUAAUGAUUCAGACACAAUGAAGUUCAGGAAAAAGAAGACCAUUGAGAAUGUUAAGCAGCAUCUCAUCAAAUUCGGUGUUUAUAAAGAGAAGGUUACAGGAUACAUCACGAAUCUACGAAGGAUUGCAGAUGGUAUUGACAGUUUUCACAAAGAUGCCACCAUUGCAAAUGUCACAGGGUCAUCUGUAGGUAUUGUAGGAGGAGCUCUGAGCAUCGCUGGAUUAAUUGCUGCUCCUUUCACAGCAGGAGCCUCAUUAAUCCUCACUGGGGUGGGAUGUGGGGUCGGCGUAGUUGGUGGAGCCACUAACAUUGCAGCCAGUGUUUCUGAUACUGUUAAACAAAAAAAUAACCUGAAGACAGUAAAGAGCAUUGUGGAAGAAUAUCAAAAAGAGAACAAAAUUAUGUCAGACAGUUUAAACAAUGUUUGCCAGGCAAUUGAAUCAUGGGUUAAAGGUAGUGAGAAAGACAUACCACAAAAUAUUUUUGUCGGUACGUCUGCGGCUGUCAUGAAAAGCUUGAGUACUGUUAGUGUGGUGGCUUCAGUAGUGACCAAAAGCAGUUUAAGAGCACUCAAAGCUGCUUCAGGAGUUCUGGCAGGGCUCCUCGUGGUGUGGGAUUUCUAUUCUAUGGUGUCAGAUGCAAAGGAUCUUUACAAAGGAAGCAAGACUGAAAUUGCCAAAAACAUACGUGAAGCAGCUAAAACUAUAGAGGAGGAACUGAAUGAAUAUGAAAAAGUUGACAGUGAGCUGAAGAAAACUUUCACAUUUCAAUAAUGGCUGAGAGGUGGAAUCUGUCAAUAUUCGAAACAACUCUCCCUAAAUUAUUAGGAACAUUUCACAUUCCUUGUGGAUGUAAGUAGUCAUCAGAUUUUAGUUUAACUUGACCAUUUUUAGACCACUCUCAUUUUGUAUCCACUGUAACAAAUUGGCAAGGCCAAGAAAGCCAUUUUGAUUCUAACAUAGGGCUAAAGAAGACAUUUUGAAUUCUGCAUUCUGUACAAACAACUGUAUUAAUCAAAACUACUCUAUUAAGAUAGUCACCAGUCAGAAAUAAUGAUCGAGCAAGUAGUGAGCCUUAAUUGAGUUACAAUUAGUGAACUAGUGAUGAAUCAAUAAAUAUAUUAGAAAGACUGGGUUUAACUUGAAACUUUUCGCUGUAAGCUUGUUAUAGUCGCUUAAUAAUUGUAAGUCUCUGUACAGUCUAUGAAGGAAUAUUUGUUCAGAUACGAUGUGUUAAGGUCGAAAAAUGUACCAUGGCCUUAGAAAGAAUUGGGUUUUAAGUAACAUUAAUUGAAGUUUAUGAAUGCAAGUUGUACAAAAUCAGAUAGAAAGUUUGAAGCACUCCUACUGUUUUCUUAAACAAAAACAGAAUUACCUGGAAAAGCUCAGCAGGUCUGGCAGCAUCGGCGCAGAAGAAAAGAGUUGACGUUUCGAGUCCUCUUGACCCUUCGACAGAACUUGAGUUCAAGUCC